AUUCGAUCCCCUGUGGCUAAACGGCUGGGGACCAGGUGUGUCUGAAGGGCACGCAGCGCCCUCUUCUGGCCCCAGAGGGCCAGAACAUGCAGACCAUCGAGGCUCUCGACCUCUUAAACAACCACUCCAGGGAUCGGCACAACCGGGUGGAAGCAUCGCUGCUCCCUUCCGAGCUCCCGGCGAUCGCGGGCGGAGACCUGCGUAGGAGACUGGCCCUGAGGCCAAGAGGCGGACACCGGGUGGAGUCGCCACGGUUGGCAGCAGCAGGGCUCCACCUGUUGCAGUGUUUGAGCACUCCACAGAGAAGGCAGCUCCGGGCACCGACUUCUGCUCCCAGCCCCACUGGGCAGGGCAAGACCAUUUGAGAAGGGGAGCCCGGGACCAUCCUGAACCUGUCGCACAGAGCAGCGGUCCGCCCUCAUGCUGCUGCGGAGCCCGUGUGCCCAGUGGAGAUCCGAGCCGGCUGAUCUGCCCUUCGCACUGUCCCUGCAUCCGUGCGUCUGUCCCAGACCGGUCCCAGCCUCUGAGCCUUGGUUGUUCUGGUUGACAGAGGCUCAGCGGGACAUUGUCACCGAUACGCAAUACAGAUCCACCUGGAGAGGCACCGAAGACAGAGGACAGCCUGUGUCCCAGCCACCACAGCUUGGAAAGCAAUGUUCGGAGGAACCCGGACCUUGAUGUUAAGCUUACCCACCGAUUCUCUCUGGACCCACUACCUUUUCUUCAAGAUGAGUUCAAGUUUUAUGGAGUUUGCCUUGAAGGCACGCCACGCCCCCUCCCCAAUCUGAGCAAAAUUAGGAGCCCGGGUGAACCCCGGUCGCCCGCACCCCCACACCAAGCCGAAGCAGACUCCGUACCCCGACCCUCUGGUCUUCGGCCUUAAGGAGAACUCCAGAGCGGACGAGGAGGCGGCGGCGACAAAGCGGAUUCGAAACCACGAGUCCAGGCGGACGUGGGGAGCUGGCUCCACAGGAACAACGGAGGAGGCGGUGGCCCGGAGAUCCACGCCGCCUUAGGGAGCGCGCGGCGGGCAUGGGCGAGCCCGCAGGCAGAGCGGGCUAAGAUCCGCAGAGCCGGAUCUUACCAGGGGCGUGGGCACAAGUCCGCGGGCAGCGACCCUCGCGGGGUUGUCCUCCAGUGCCAUGGCUGGCCGCGGUUGCAGCUGCAGCCCCGGCCACCUGAACGAGGACAACGCGCGCUUCCUGCUGCUCGCGGGGCUCAUCCUGCUUUACCUGCUGGGCGGCGCCGCAGUCUUCUCCGCGCUGGAGCUAGCGCAGGAGCUGCAGGCCAAGCAGCGCUGGGAAGAGCGCCUGGCCAACUUCAGCAGGGGCCACAACCUGAGCCGCGAAGAGCUGCGAGGCUUCCUCCGCCACUACGAGGAAGCCACCAAGGCGGGCAUCCGCAUGGACAGCGUGCGCCCUCGCUGGGACUUCACGGGCGCCUUCUACUUCGUGGGCACAGUGGUAACUACCAUAGGGUUCGGGAUGACGACCCCAGCCACAACGGGAGGGAAGGUUUUUCUGAUCUUUUAUGGUCUCAUUGGAUGUGCGAGUACCAUCCUCUUCUUCAACCUCUUUCUGGAGCGGCUGAUCACCGUCAUCGCCUACGUCAUGAGAACCUGCCACCACCAGCAGCUGCGCAGACGUGGGACGGUAGCCCGGGACAACGGGAAGGCCCCUAGAAAGGGCGAGGCAGACAGCCUGGCUGGCUGGAAGCCCUCCGUGUACUACGUCAUGCUGAUCCUGUGCUUGGCAUCAGUAGCCAUCUCCUGUGGAGCCUCGGCUCUGUACACCACCAUGGAAGGCUGGAGCUACUUUGACUCCGUCUACUUCUGUUUUGUGGCUUUCAGCACCAUUGGCUUCGGGGACCUGGUGAGCAGCCAGAACGCUCAGUAUGAGAACGAAGGGCUCUACCGCUUUGUCAAUUUCUUCUUCAUCCUCAUGGGUGUCUGCUGCAUCUACUCCAUGUUUAACGUCAUCUCCAUCCUGAUCAAACAGACAGUGAACUGGAUCCUGAGGAAACUGGAUAGCGGGUGCUUCCCACAAUGCCAAAGAGGACUCCUGCGGUCCAGGAGGAACGUGGUGAUGCCGGGCAACAUCCGGAACAGGUGCAACAUCUCCAUAGAGACGGACGGGGUGAUGGAAAGUGACACUGAUGGGCGACGUCUCUCGGGGGAGAUGAUCUCCAUGAAGGACACCAACAAGGUCUCCCUGGCCAUCCUGCAGAAGCAGUUGUCCGAGAUGGCCAAUGGUGGACCCCACCAGACCAGCACAUCCUCCCGGGAUGAUGAGUUCUCAGGGGGCGUGGGAGCCUUUGCAGUAAUGAAUAACAGGUUGGCAGAGACCAGUGGGGACAGGUAGGGACCAGAAGUAGCUGCCACAUGAAGAAACCCAGGGCAAGUGGGGGAUAGGUCACUGCCACACCCCCAGGGACCUCAGCUGUGUCUCUGGCUGUUGGAAUUAGCAUCUCCAGUCCAGCUUUUGAAAUCUGACCUUGGCCCUGGGCAGCAGUAACCUCUCAAGGUUGGGGACUGGAGCCAUCUUCCCUGACUCUUACUUUACCCUUGAAUUCCCAAUUUCGCGUUUGGAAUUGUCUGGGGGAGAUGGGUUUCCGUCCAGCUUUGAUCCCCUACCCCAACCCGGUCAUGAUCCAUCCCUAGGGAGGGAAAGCCCCGAAAAGCCUGACUCUGUCAUGUAGUGUGAAUGGCGGCUGAACUUCACCCAGCCCCUCAAGAAAAGGCAGCGAACAUUCCCGAAUGCCUCUGGGCCUUGUUCUAUUAUUGGUUCCACUAAUAGGGAAAACAUCUAACUUUCUCUUUAUAUCUGCUUCUCUGUUUGGGAGUCUUGGUUUCGUUUUGUUUUGUUUCCUAUCUGACUAGUGUAUCUUUUUGGAUCUCAGAUGAUAAGGAAACCAAGUCUACCUUCAAACCUCUAAGUUGUAGCAAGAUGAAGGCAGUGAGUCAAAGAGGAGGAAAGCUCCCAUCUUGUAACUAAAGCCUACCGCUUACUGUGUUCUUUCUGAAUGGUUACACGGAUUAUGUCAUUUUACCAGGGCCUGGAGCCUGCUGUAAAGGCAACCGACUAUUUAUUAGAACUGAAAAUUUAAUAAAUUCGCAUUUUGUUAA